AUGGUGGAAUCACUCCCUACCACUUUCUCUGACUCCGUCCACAUCGCCGUAAUCGGUGGCACCGGUCUCCAAUCCCUCGAAGGUUUCAUCCCCAUCGCAACCAUCAACCCCCUCACCCCCUGGGGUUACCCCUCCGCCCCCAUCCACAUCCUCUCGCACAACAACACACCUAUUGCCUUCCUCUCCCGCCACGGCACCCACCACGAACUCGCACCGCACGAAAUACCCAACCGCGCCAACAUCGCCGCGCUCCGUAGUAUGGGCGUCCGAACCAUCAUCGCCUUCAGCGCGGUAGGAAGUCUGCGCGAGGAAAUCAAACCCCGCGAUUUCGUGGUGCCGGAUCAGGUUAUAGAUCGCACGAAGGGUGUGAGACCUUUUACGUUUUUCGAGAAGGGUGUCGUGGGUCAUGUGGGAUUUGCGGAUCCGUUCGAUGAGAGGAUUGCAAAGGUGGUGAGGGAGUGUGGACAUGCGCUUGAAGGGGAGGGAAUCGUGUUGCAUGAUAAGGGGACGAUUAUUUGCAUGGAAGGGCCCGCCUUCUCCACCCGCGCCGAAUCGCACAUGUACCGCUCCUGGGGCGGCUCCGUAAUAAACAUGUCAGCGCUCCCGGAAGCCAAACUCGCCCGCGAAGCAGAAAUGGUCUACCAAAUGAUCUGCAUGGCAACCGACUAUGACUGCUGGCACAGCACUGCUGAUGUGGAUGUGGAAAUGGUAAUGGGACAUAUGCACGCCAAUGGACAGAAUGCGAAACGACUCGUGGGAGCCGUCUUGGAUGCGUUGAACAUGCGAUGGAGUACAAUAGACUCUAUUCGGAGGAGAAAAAACAAGCCGGAAUUGGCUAAUGCACAGCAACACCAAAUUUGGCGAGGGCGCACAUACCAUUUCGCGUGGUCAAUAUCGGCCUGUUAUUUCUCCUCCGAAUAG